AUGCUGGUACAGCUGGACGUUUUUGGCAACAUAUUUGGACUUCUAGCGGCGCAUCCAGUGACACCUCUCGUAUCACUCCACCAUCUGGACAUAAUCGAUCCGAUAUUCCCCAACAUGAAACAGCUGGAGGCUCUGGAACGUCUGAAAGCCCCCAUGAAACUGGACUCAGCUGGACUCAUGCAACAGUCCAUGUGCUACGACAAGUCUCGAAAGCUCACCGUCUCGGUAUCAUGGGGAUACGUGGUUCAGAUCUUCGCGGGCUUCGUGUCUGCCCGCGAGCUCGAAAUGCCAGCCAGGACUUUUGUGAGCUGGUACAGAAAGAGUGAUGAAGCUGGCUUCUCUUUCAACACCAGGGGAGUGGGGAGAGAUGGGUGUGAGAGAGCUUACGUCUAUGUGUUCACCAAUGCGGUGUUCAAUACACGCACAAAUGAGACAGCGAGUGAGUAUGUCAGAAGCGCGGGGAAAGACAGGUGGAAAUGCAGAGAGAAAGGGCCUGAUUUCUUUCAUAUUCAUAGGGUCCUGGUUUAUAAACAGCGUGAUCCGCAUUUAUGGAACAAGGCUCCAAGAAGAAAUUGUUGUAGAAUUUUGCAGUCGGACAAGGCAGAUACAAUGGUGAUUCAUGUUGGGGAAAGUGAUCCUACUCUAAUGGGGAGAGUUAAGAAAAGUGAUGCAGAGCUUCUAUAA